ACGGCCCAGGCAUUGGUAGAUUCUGGGGCCGGCGGGUUGUUUAUGGACAGCUCGUUUGCUGCCCAGCACUCCAUUCCCCUGCAGGCUCGAGUUACCCCAUUGGUUCUCGAGGCGAUAGAUGGCAGGCCCCUGCAACCACCGCAAGUUACCCACGAGACUAUGCCAGUUGAAGUAGCUAUUGGGGCUGUUCACAGGGAGUUGGCCUGUUUCCAGGUGAUUUCUUCUCCGCACUAUUCGGUGGUUUUGGGGUAUCCCUGGCUCCAGAUGCACAAUCCAACCUUCAAUUGGCAAAACUGCCGAGAUUCUCUCGUGGUCUCCACAGUGUGGGGCCGGGGGUGCAUCCGUGGGCCGGUUAAGGUGUUGUGUGCCUCCUCGGACUCUGCGUUGCCCACUGAUUAUGGGGAGUACCAGGACGUGUUU